UGUCAAUGAUGACAAGACAAGACAAACAAGCAAUUGUCAUGCUAAGUUGAACGCAUAUUGUUCGUUAUGGAGCAAUACGAUUACGAAUCAGAAGAUAUACUAAGAAGGGCAAGUGAUGCAGGAACAUCAGCAGCAGCAGCAGCGGCAGCACAAGAAGAAGAGGCAAGCAACACCAGUGCAUCACAAUCAUCAAUAAAAGAGGAAAGUGAUCAUUCUUAUCCACGAUUAACAAUAAAUACCCGUAGAAGGUUGAUCAGAAAACCUCUACCCAAGCCACCCGGACAAAAGGAGACAAGGAAGGGAGCAGGGCCACAAUCAAACAAAAGCUCUGCUCCAGCCUCCUCAAGUUCAGGCUCAAGAUCCGACAGCAUACAGGAGGCUACACAUCAUGAUUCUCAUCAGGUUCGAAGUGCAGGCCUCACACAUAGCGCAAUCUUUGCCAGGAACAAUCUUCAAAAGCAGCAUACAUUGACACUAGAAGAAGCACGAAGCAGGGCACGCGAAUUUGUCGCCAAAGAGAAAGCCAUUCUGGAAUGGUGGCCAGAUAUUAAUCAUACAAUCAAGGCCGAGACGGCACAGGAGACAUCUUCAAAUGACAGAGAAGGUCAAUACACCCUCAACGCGCGAUGCCGAUUACAUCUUGAGAGAAUUGUCGAAUUUAGCAUUUUCACAAAUAGCGACUUGAGCAAAGCAGAGAGUGCCGGUAUCGCACGAGGUAUCAUAGAUGCAAUCGUCCAAUGUCUCAACACGUUGACCAAGUCAGAAGCAUUGGCUGCAUUGCAACAGACAUCUUCGGUCAUGUGGCGGGUUGAUGCUCUCGUACGGUCGAACGAGCAAUUAUCCGGUGCAAGAGGUGGCUUGAGUGCUCUUUUGGGAAUAUUGGGUGUGCGAUGGUCAAAGCUAGCAUCUUGGCGUGGUAAAGAGACGGGAGAGCUGCCGAUUGAUGGUUUGGGUGGUUCUAGGACAUUGAUGCCAGCUCUGGAUAGGAGGACUGCUUCUAGCUCAUCCUCAAUCACAUUGGGAACAGAACAAAGGAGAAGGAAGCGUGAUGUGGCCAUGCAGCUACUCAAUAAUGCAUUCUGGACUGCUGGUGUCAAUGUGGAAGGAGAAGAAGUUUUAGCGAAGGAACACGAUGAGAAAGUCAUCCACGAGGAGAAGAAGCGACCUGCAGGCAUGGCACCGUCUUUGCUCUCCAAACCGAUGGCACCCACAGUUGCUUUGACAGGUGAGCUAGCGUCUUUGGAUGCAGAAGUUCAAGCAAGUCAGAAGGACAACGCCAAGGAACAAGACAAGAGCGAAAAGCUGCCAGUGCCAACACCGAUGGCCGAGCGUCCAUCAAUGCUGACUGAUCGCUUGGCAAUGCAAUUGAGAAAUUCUGCAAAGCUUCAAGCGGAAGGAUCUGUUGAACAUGCAGCAAGGGCCGGCACUCUUCCCGCAAGGAAUCCACUGAGUCGUACAGUUUCACAUGCAUCGAUUCUUGACAAGAACAAUCAGCCAAGCAAUAAUGCCGAUGCAGCCAAGGUGAAAAUCGCUGUUUGCAAAGUAUGCGUCAGAUUUGAGGAAGAGUGGAAUAGAGCAACUGCCAAACAAAUACGAGCGAGAAGAAAAAGUGAAACUCUCACACUAAAAGAUGUUCGAAGAAGGCUCGAGAAUGUGUCCAGCAUGUCUGGUAGAUCGGACAAGACGAUCGGUCAUCUUCUUUCAGAGCAACAACAGAGUGCUCAAAAAGAUUCAGUGGCGAUCGACUGGCUCCCGGACAAGUUUGAGGGAGAACCCCUACACCUCAAUCCGCUCUCAUCUGAUGUUGAAGGAAGAGAUGCAGAUGAUGCGAAUGACGGUAUCAAGAUCAUCGGUGGAAGUUUUGUUGUGUAUGGUGUCGAGGAGAAAUUAAGGAUUGUUAUACACAACACGAUCGAUAUUGCCUUGUACGCUGCCAUUGCAAUGGUGCUCGAGACAGCAUUCUUGAUGGAUUUUGAUUUGGAUCCAAAAGGUGACAUUGAAGUUGACUCUGCAACAGAGGGACAGCAAUCUCAGCCUGAAGUUCGAUUCGCAGAGGAGACCUCACAAACUGAAGAAGAUCAAGAAUCCCAUCUAGAAAAAAACGGUGUCAACCCAAAGCCAGAUACACCGGAACAAUCAGAAAGUGACAAGAACCAAGGACAGUGGCGAAAGAGUAUCUGGAGUAUGCUUCAUAUGGGCAGUUCUAGUGCCGUUGUCCCUGCCACGCAAACUCCAGACACAAAGGCGAAGCGUUCCAGCGUUAUUUUUCCACGUACAAAGACUGCCGAUGCAAACUUGCAAUCCCGUCCAGAGAAGGACGCGGUUGCUGGGCAGUACAGUCGGCUAGGACGGAUCUUGUCUUCUUUUACUGGACAUUCAGAGAAGAAAAGCCCCACCGGGCACAAUGACAAAGCGAGAAUAAGAUCUUUCUCUGAUGCCAAGCAAUCGAAUCUCGCUCAAUUACUGGAAGAUGAGUCCACAAUAGAGGCUGUUGAAACGAACCCAGACCAACAAACCUCUCUCCUGGACGGCAAGCCGCCAAAGUACAUAUCUGCAUACCGAGAGGAAGAACCAUUGGAAGAGGAGGAGCAAGACAUAAAUGAGGACCUGAUCGAAGAAUUGGUAUCCCGACAAACGCUUUCUGUUCUAAUUCUGGAAGGUUUGGAUAUCUCCCUCCCAUUCGCGCGACAAGUUUCAACGAACGCCAACAGCAAAGGUACAAGCACAACAGCGCCUGCUAAUCCCACCACAGAAGCAAAGAAAGGCUCAACGCUCUCCGUGCAUCCAUCCACUCAAAGUAGGAUCUCUUCCUUUUCGCGAGCGACGGAUAGCACUGCGCAGUCCAACCAGGAUACUUCCCUGAGUGGCCGUGCUCAACGUGUUGAAAAUCGAGCAGAGCAACAAUUCAAUUUCGAGAAACAAAGAAGGGAAGUUUUGUUCUAUCAGAGAGGCGGCAAUUGUCGUGAUGCAAGCCUUGGUCAGGCAAUCGAAGAAAUGACGGCUAAAGCGAUCGUGCUUCAUAAUGAAUGGCUACAAACGGAGAAAAGCAGCAAACGUGAAAAGGAAAAGCAGCUUUCUCAAACAAAUUCGCCAACAUUCAAGAUCGCUCAAUACCUCCAUGGUCGCGACAAGAUCACGGUCUCUGCAGCAAUCAUCAAAUCAACAACACCCGCUUCGGCAAAAAUGUCAAGUAAUGUCACGGAAGCACCCACUCCAAACGCAGCUGAUGCGAAAGAAGUCGCAAGUGCACUCAAAACGGACAAAGAUCUUGCGCAAACGGCUUUGCGACUCGCAGAGCACAUUCAAUCUGCAGCACAACAUCAACCAAUCGAUAAUGGCUCAACACUCAAACCUCCUCACAAAGCAUCGAUCGAGAUGUGGCAUGCUGAUAUGCGAACAGGACGUCAAACGGCGGUCAAAAGUAUGAGUGAUGCUACUUAUUUGGCCUCUUAUGGUACCUUUUUGAAUGAUUUGAUGACUUCGCAUUUCUUCACACAAGAAUCUCCCUUGUUACUCGCUCCUGGUGGCGAUGAUGCGGAAUUAUUGGACGCCUCUGAUGAUCCAAAACGUGAUUUGGUACGUCUUUUCAAGAUCGACAACGUUAUUCUCAAAUUCCACGUGCAGACUAUCCCGAUUCAUCAUCUGCUCAUUGAUGGUCCAGUCGUUUGUUUGGAGGAUUUGAAUGAUGAUGAAGGGGAGGACAAAGCCACAAAGAAAGAGAAAGACCAUAACACAUUGACAAAGUCUUUGGUCAAGGAGACGAGGCUGGAAGUGCAAGCAUUCUUUGCUAGCGUGAAAGAGGAAAUAUCUCGAAUGGAACAAAUGUUUGUGGCAAGAGAGCUUGAUGUGAAUGGAAACACAGUAAAGCCUCCAGCUCCUUCCUCUUCUGGUCACGGUUCCAUUCGCAGCGUAUUUACACUGGAUACGGCAACGGAAGAGCAACAGAGUGAUCGUAACUCGAUCGCUGAAUCGACAACCAGCUCAUAUGCAGGUGCGGCCACUGGUCCUCUAGAAUUGCUUGGAAAGGUGAUGUCAUCGAUGCGCAAAGCAGAAUUCAGGCUAUACGAAUCGCUCAAAGAAGCCGAUGUUUCGGCUUUAAAUGACGUUCGCCGUCAAUUCCUAGAUCGUGCUAGAUCUUGCAGAAAUCGAUUGGUUGCUUGGUCGAAGAAGCACUUGAACAAGAGUGAAUUAGAACAAUUGGGCGCUUUGAAAUUCGCAGAGCCAUACUAUUUCGAGAAGGGCAAUCAUGCACUACCGGGCAGUCGAUUUGUUCUCCGUCAAGAAGAGCCCUUGAGCAUUAUCGCAUACAGUCUUUCAUCCAGGGACUUCAAUGAAGAAAUUCACGCCACAAAAUCAUCACAAAAGAAGCAUUCAGACGUGUUGAAUUGGAGAUCGAGUGUGGCUAUAGGUGAAGGAAGAGAAGAUGCUUCCUCUCUACUCUCUUCCUCAGUGGCCAGCUCAAGUGCCGCUAGCGUAACUUCGAGUAAAGCUACGGACGAACUUGAUCCUGAUCAAGAUGAUGACUUUCACGUUCCAGAGCCAUUGCAGGUGAAUAUGAAAAGGAAGAGAAGAACAAAAGAUACAGGAAUUUUGUCCAUUCGAAUCCGGUCAAGUGUGUACUCCAAUGCACAAAAGGAUGUAGAGCAAGAUGCCGGGCUAGAAAGUGUAGAUCACUCAACGGGCGAGUCAAUCUUGAGCGCAAACGAUAAUUCAUCCACUCCGACAGCCAGCAGAAUAGGCUCUGCAGCAUACACUCCCUCUUCUACGCAUUUCGAUACGGUCACUUCCAAUAAUGAAACCUUUCAUGCUCACGUUUCCACCAUCUCCCCGCGUGGUGCAUUAGGCGAUCUCUUUACGCAGGAGGGUGACCAUUUUGGAGAUCUAGCACCUCCAAGCGAUGAUGGUCACGAGGCUGCAAGUCUCCUAUCUUCCAGCGUCAGCAGCACUUCGAGUGGAACGGUGAACAGAAAGGAUGUACGAGAGACGCCCAAAAUUCACAUUGAUGCUCAAACGGAUGCUUCUCAUGACGGAGAGAAGAGCGCUGAUUUGGAAAAGCUGUCAAAAGAGAUCGAAGAUGUUGAUACCAGCACAAAAGGAUCCGUGAAAAAAGCGCAAGUAGAAUCAACACCUCGGAUUGCGCCGCCACUCAACAAAUCACCAGCAUCUCCUCAUAUCAAACACACGAUCAUAUCUGGAGAUCUUAAAAUCUCUUGCGUUUCAUGGUUUGCUGAAGAUUUCUACAAACUUCGCAAGACAUGGAAGAUUGAGGAUGACUUCAUUGCAAGUCUAAGCAGAUCAAAAAGCUGGAAUAAUGUUGGUGGAAAAAGCAAAAGUGGAUUCUAUCUCACCGGAGAUGGCAAGUGGAUCGCAAAGCAGCUGCUCAAUGUAUGGACGGUAGAUGAAAAGGAAGCAUUCUUGGAAUUUGCACCUGCUUAUUUGCGGUACAUGAUGAAUAGUGCAGUGAAUGAUUGCCCAACGCUUUUGGUAAAGAUUGCCGGUGUUUAUAGCCUGAAAAUCAAAGACAUCAAGACAGGCGAAGUGAAAUUGAAACUCAGUGUGCAAGUGCUGGAAAAUGUGUUUGCAGGAGAUGGCGGACGAUCGAUCCGAUUCGACCUAAAGGGAAUCCGAGAUCGAAGGGCACAACAAAAAGUGCAAAAUAGCGAAAGUGCACCCCAACAACAAGAAGGAAAGCCUCAAGUUGCCUCCAAAGAGGUGGACGAAGAAGACGUCAGCAAUGCAUCUGUCUGGUGGGAUGGAGAAUGGAUCGAUACAAUGCUACCGAGAGCCUUUGUACCUGAACAGCAAAAGACACAAUUUCAACGUGCUUUACGCAACGAUUUGGCUUUCCUUACGGCGUCCAACGUGAUGGAUUACUCGUUGCUUGUAGGGGUAAACGAGCCAAUUUGUACAUCCUUUUCCAAAGAAGGCUUAAAGAGCUCCACCGACAAACAUCCCUUCUUCAGAGUUCGAAUUGUGGACUUCUUGGGUGCAUGGACAUUGGUGAAACAAUUGGAAAGUAGUGGGAAGAAAGCCAUCAAAAGUCAAACGCCAACAGUCAUUCCACCACAAGAUUAUGCAAGCAGGUUCAGUCAAGCUAUUGAAGGAUACUUUAUUGGCUGUCCUGAUACAACAAAUACUUAACGUCACCAGAUUAUACCUUUUAAUUCAUUACUGUAUCAUAAUUGAUUUAUUUACCAU